UACACAUGACUCGAAUCCUCAGUGCAAGGGCAAGACGAAAACACAACGAAAUCUGUUUACUCUGAGCGAGUUACUCAAUUAAAGGGCCACCCAACUUUUGGACUCGUCAACAAAGGACGGAGGCAAGUACUGAAAAAUAUUGAAAGAUGUAGUCACGGCCAUGCGCGUACCGACCUGCAUCAUCGGCGUCAAGAUGGUCGCACUGAUGGACUUGGCCAACAUUUUCUUUUUGGACACUUGGGGCACAGAGGAGGCCAAGCGGAAGUGGCUGGAGACUAAGGGAGACCUGCCAAUCUUCUUCGGGGUAGAAGCUCACGUUCCACCUGAUUUGGCUAACAUUCAGGUAUCAUCCCGGAAAGAGUUGCUGGUAGGGUUCAGCCUAGCGACCCUCACACUCCUCACGCUCUACCUUUCAUUCAUCCUUCCUUACUCGGCCCACACCUCGCACAUGUCUUCAAGAUCCCUGCACGUCCACGACCCGCACACUGGGAUUAAAGACUUCACACGGGAGAGCGUUCGUCUCGAUGACAGCGAGAACUUUCAAUUCCCUGAGACCCCGCGACUCGUGAAGGAACGAUCGACGUCCGGCCGAAAGCGGAGGCGAAGUCGCUCGCGCCGAGGCCUCAGCCGCUACUUCAAGGCCCUCUGGUGGAGGUUCAAGCACGAACGACCGAGUCUGAGCUUCGUCCUCGGCCGCCUGGGCGUGACGAAGACCGAGUGUCAGAUAGCUCUUGUAUGCCACGCCCAUUCAUACCUGAUGAACUUACCUGCGGGCGUAAGGGGGCUGUUGGUGAUGAUUACAAGCCGAUUCUCCGACUUAUCGGAAUACGAAGAAGGCAUUGUCACGGGCCUUGGAGGCGGGACUUGCGACAGCUUCUACCAAUCAGAAAACAGAAUUUGUCCUGAUCCCUAUGACGUCAUCUCAGAUUUCCUUGGAAGGCAUGUUCUCCAUGAAUUCUAGACGUCAAAGGUCCAGUAGUAAGUGGAGUAUUUUUUGUAAGUUUUCUCUGACUUUGGCAAUACAGAGAAUGUUAAGCAGC